AUGGCUGAUGAGGGAAAUGAUGAGGAGCGGCCCGGAAAUGGCGCUGGUCACCCAGAGGGUCUGGCCGCGGACUCGCGCUGGAAGCGCAAGGCGCCCGCCUGCAUUCCACAUGGGCCGCCGCAGGAUGCGCUGGAGCGUGUCGUGCCGUGUGUGGUGGUGCUAAAGGUCACGCAGACGCGCGCCUGCGACACGGAGCCCGCGGGCAGCUCCUAUGCCACGGGGUUCGUGGUAGAUAAGGCCCGAGGCAUCAUCCUCACCAACCGCCAUGUCGUCACGCCGGGCCCCAUCGUGGCCGAGGCCAUUUUCUUGAACCGAGAGGAGCUGCCGGUUUACCCGGUGUACUUUGACCCCGUUCAUGACUUUGCCUUCCUCCG